AUGAGUUCAUUAAAAUACGUGAAAUUCAACGCUCGCGGUCUCAUACCGCCAGUUUUUACCCCCCUUAAAAAAGACCUGACUAUAAAUUACGAAGUUAUACCGAGAUAUGUGGAUUUUAUUCACAAGAGCGGAAUAAAAGGAUUAAUGGUUGGAGGCACUGCGGGUGGUCAUAUGUGUCAUUCCUUAGUUGAGAAAAAAAUAUUAGUAGAAGAGUGGGUGAAGGCCGCUAAAGAAAGAGAUCUUCAUGUGAUGGUGCAAGUUGGUGGAACUGCUAUGCCUGAUGUCUUGGAUAUGGUACAACACUGCGUUCGAACUGGUGUAGAUUCAAUACUUACCUUACCGGAGAUCUACUUUCGUCCUAAGAAUUUAACGGAAUUAGUGGAUUAUGUGGAAACUGUCGCCAAAGCUGCGCAAGACCUUCCCGUUCUGUAUUACCAUAUUCCGCAUAUGACCAAUGUCUCUGUAAGCAUGCCAGCAUUUGUAGCAGAAGCCAACAAACGUAUACCGAACUUCAAGGGCAUAAAAUUUUCAUCCAAUGACCUGAGCGAAGCAGCCCAAGUACUCAGAAAUUUAAAGGACGAUCAACAAAUAUUAUUAGGAAGUGCAACAUUGUUAGCUCCAGCGGCGCUCCUCGGGAUUAAAUCAAGUAUUGGUACAAUUUACAACUUCAUGCCAAAGUUAGCACAAGGUAUUCUGGAAGCUAUAGAGGCAUCUGAUGUAAACAAGGCCAGAAAACUUCAAGAACAACUCAGUUUGGCUAUUGAAGCACAUGUACCGGAAGGUGGUUGGGUCCCAGUGAUGAAAGUCGGUAUGGAAAUCGUGACUGGAAUCCCAGUAGGACCUGCAGCAGCCCCACAAAAACCUGUAACAGAAGAUGGGAAAAAGAGAAUUGAAGAGAGAUUGAGGAAACUUGGUUUGCUCGAAGCAUGA